AUGCUUCAACUCCUUGAUGUUAAAUUUGAAGAGGGGGUCGUUGGUACUGUCAUAUAUAGACUCAAAUUACCAGAAUUUAUGGCUGAUAACAUAGGAAUUGCUCAUAGAGGUGCCCUUGCUUCAUUGACUGAUGUCAUUCCAUAUUUUGCUCUUUAUGGAUUCGAUCAAAGACCAGCCACAUCUCUUUAACUUACCACUGAAUUUCUAAACGAUGCACCUGUUGAAGAAGAUCUGAUAUGCGUUUGCAGGGUCCUAAAGCUUGGCAAAGCUAACGCUUUCACCGAUUGCACUAUUAUGAAUCCAAAAGACAGUCAGCCUCUUGUUAAAGGAACUCUAACUAUCAACUUUGUGGAAGAAACUCCAAAGUUAUGA